AUACGCUACUUGACUCCCAGACUUCUUGCGCGUGGAACAUCGAAUUGCGCGCCAUUGUGCGCCGUACACGAAAGUGAUGUCGGAUGGUGCUUGGUUCACUGAAGAAUUUUUAACUUAAUUUAUUUGCAGUUUCUCAGGCUUGAUUCAUUUACAGUUUGUUGAGUCGAGCUCAUUCCAACAUUAUGUCUGCCAUAUUUAAUUUUCAGAGCCUACUGACUGUAAUAUUAUUGCUAAUAUGCACCUGUACCUACAUUAGAUCACUGGCACCGAAUUUGUUUGACAAUCGACUAGGAAAGGUUGGUUUUCAGGGUACUUUUUGGAAAUGUGCUAGGAUUGGGGAAAGAAAGAGUCCAUAUGUAGCUUUUUGUUGCGUUUGUAUGGCCUUUAGUAUUUUAUUUUGGUCGUAACAUUCUUACAUGGGUCAUUCUGACCAAUGCAUUUGGUGUGUAUUCCAAAAUUAUAACCUAAUAUAUAUUUAUGUAUCUAAGGUCCGAGAUGUGAGAAAAUAAAAAGCAGUUUUGAUAUCUGUUUGUCGACAAACAGCUAUAUUUGUCGUUUCAAUAAUACAUAAAAAAUACACUCGUUCAAGCUAGACUUAAAGUCAAAACGAACAUCACUGCUAAAUGCAUGAUAGUUUUUUUUUUCUUAUUUGUCAACACAUUUUUUCCUCCUCAAAGCCAUAUCAUCCAAUUUGAGCACAUUUUCUCAUUGUAUUCUCAUAAUAUAUUUUUCCGUCCUAUAAACAACAACAUUCUUUUAAUAUAAUUAUUGUAAAGUUAUUAUAUAUUGAGCAUUCUGUGAUAUACAGGGUUCGUUAGAUAGGUACAUUUAACACAUUUUUGCUCUGUGCGGGAUAUGCUACCUUCUCCAUGACAGUAAAUCACGCGAUGUAACUAAGACUUGUACUCCAUAUUGAUGGACAUAGAAUUGUUUAAGAUCGUUGACUUAUUUUAUCUUUUCUGUCAACCUUAAUACUCUCCAAGUUGAACAUUGCUAAUAUCGCUUUACAUAAUUGUCUUAAUUACAGAGCAAGAUAUGGUUCAUAGUUUUGCGAGGAACAUUAACUAAAUGAUCUUUGUAAUAUUACUAAAAAUUAUUAUAAGAUCAUUCGCUGUUAACUUCUCGUAUUUUUAUACACAACGUAUACAUACAUCUAUGCCAUCAUAUACAUGUAUCAUCACUAAAAUGCACAUUUGCAAUUCUCGAGAUGAUAGCCGAGCAUAUCUUAUAAAAAAACUCGCAAAGCCUAGUUUAAUUUAACACGUUUUAUUUAAAAAGCGAUAUAUCGGUCAUUCCUCGCGUUUUACCACUUAUGCUAUAUACCUAUAACGUGGU